UGUUGUUUGGACGUAUUGGAAAAAGCUAGAAAAAUAAUAAGUUUAUUGUUAAUUAUCUCGAUAGCAAUUAUAUAUUUCAUCGUAUGCGAAUAUUUACUAAGGUUGCAAUUUUCUGCCAUGGAUGAUAUUUACACAAAUUUAGAAAACUACGAUGACUUCAACAAACUUGAAGAGCUUAAAAAUGAAAACAAAACACUGAAGUUUAAAAUUGAAGAAUAUACAUCAGCUAUAAAUAAGCUCCAAAAAAAUAUUUUGCAGGAUUUCGAUACGUUAGCGGUAGAACAUAAAAAACUGGAGUUGAAUUAUUCAUCAUUACUGAAAACUGCUAAAGCAGAGAUUGAGAGAAAGACACUGAUGAUAAAGGAGCUAAACAUAGAGAAAGAUAAAUUAAUAAUAAAUGCAAGACAAAAUAAUGUUAAAAGUAAAUUCAAUAAGUUCCAAAGUGAUAAAUUUCAUUCUAAAAACAAUAAAAGCUCUGACACAAGCAGUGUACAAGGACAACCGCAGACAUUACCUAAUAGCCAAGUUUCAGCCAAUGAAUAUAAAAACAACAAUUCAUCACCAUUAGAUACAACUUCAACUUGCAGUGGAGAUACAAGAGAUUUGAAUGAUGCUCUGCGUUUUGCCAAUAAAAGUAUUAAAAAUGAUGGCACAAGUUUUAUUGCUAAAGAAAAUUCUGUACAGAUUACAAAUAAACUUCCUGACAAAGAAACUGAAACCAAAGUUAAGAAAAUUAUGAAUAGGAGAAAGUCUAUGCCAGCAUCAAGUUGUCGAGAUGUAAACUACAGUACAGACGAUGAACGGGAAAGUAGUGUAACAACAAAAACAAGUAAAACCCAACCCAGACGGGAUGAAAUAAAACGAUCUACAGAUAGAUAUUACGAAAACCAUAAAACAUAUGAUUCAUCAAGUUUAGACAAUAACUAUACACAUUAUCAAGACCAAAUGAGUACUAGGAGAUCUUAUUACAAUGAUAGUCAUUAUAGAAGCAGAGACAGUUAUGAUUCAGCACAGAGACGUCGCUGGAAUAUUAGUCCGGAUAGAACAAAUCGAAGCACAAGAGGUGAUAAUUACUACCAAGCAUACAAUCAUAGAGGUUAUGACAGCCCUCCGAGAGAUAAAUCCUAUCCUCAAAGUAGAAUGAGCGAUCGCAGACAUAAUUACCAUAGGGAUCACUCAAGAGAUUAUUCUAGAAGUAACAAUGAAUUUGAAAGAUAUCCUGAAAAACAUAGACUUCAAGAUCUGGAUGAACCAAAUUACAAGCGACAGAAAUAUGAACAUUCACAUAGAUAUAGUGAGGAUGAAGGACGUCAAAGAGACACUAGUAGUAGUAAAUCAGCAAUGCCUAUGUUACUGGAAAAUUCCGUUUCCUGUCAAUCACCUGACUACAUACACCCUGACAAUCAUAUAUCAGUUGCACCUAUAAGAGAAAUAAGGAGUACAGCUGUCAUGCACUUAGAGGAUCCUCGACUCUCUAGCAAGAAGUAUAAAAUAAUAAAUGAUUGUGAUAAAGAAGUUUUGACAACAGUUUAUGGGAGAAACAUAGAUAUUAUCCCAGUUAACAAAAAAAUAUGGGAUUUUAACCCCAUUCCUAUACCUAAAGCAUUAAUUGAACCACCAUCAAGUUAUAUAGAUAAUAUGACUAAAAGUUUUAAUAUGGAUUAUUAUUCUAAUUAUAACAUGGAUGUUGUUUCAAAUGAAAUAUCAAGUAGACCAACCAAUGGCGAGUAUUAUACUAGAAAUGAAUCUGUUGAACGUACACAAAAUAAUAAAAGUACAAAUGUUAGCACUAAUUCUACUGCACCUAAAUGUAAAGAAACACACAGCAAAGAGAAUUCUAAAAACAGUGAAGCAACAGUUGAUAUGGAUGUUGAGGCACAAUCUGUUAAAGAGAAGGACAAUGAUAAUGUCACUUCAAAACAUUUAAAUAGUGGAUAUAAAAUUCCGAAAAAACAAAAUAGUUCCGAAGUUUCUACAAGUACUGAUACUGUUCGUCAUAAAAUCGUAACUCAACAUUCAGAGAAAAAAUCUGUUUCUGAUCUAGGAAUUUCCAAACAUGUUGAAUCUAAAUCAACACUUAGCAAUAAUAUUAGAUAUAAACAAAAAGAUGAUAAUUAUACUAAGGAUAAUAAAACUGAGAAUGUAGACACUGAAAAGUGUAUAACAAAUAGGAAUGACGAAUUAGCUAUCUCAAGGAAAAUUGUUGAAUCCGAUUUAACGCUGAGUGACGAUACCAGCGAUAAUUUUGAACCCCCACUUACAAUAAUUGACACACAGACUAAACCUAAAUGUAAAAAAUAUAAAACAAGGGAGAGAACUAAAAACCAUGAAGGUACUAUAGACCCGAAAAAAACUGAAAAUGCAACCGAAAUCCUUCCAGGUGCAAAUACUGUAGAAAACAAACACCAACCAGAAGAAGACAAGAGCAAAUAUAAAGAAGAUUAUUCUGAACAUUCUAAAAAACACAAACAUAAAAAGAAAUCACCAGAAGGCAAAGAUAGCAUUGACGAUAGUAAAACAAGUAAAAAUAAAAAGGUUAAAAAAGAUAAAGAAGCUAAAACAGAAAUAAAAACUAAAUUUAGCGAUCUAUUUGGAGACAGCAGUAGUUUAAUAACGUGCGACGAUCUGGGAGUAGCUGCUCAGGAACCAGUUAUACCUAAUUUUAGUACAAUUAUUGAGGAUACUCAAGAUGCUGUCGAUAUUGAUAUAAGGGAAAGAGAAAAACCUCAACCAACAUUACAAACUGAUAUCACUCAAAAUGAGACCACAGACGAACAAGCUAACAAACAAACAGAGUCCACAAAUGUGAUGGAUGACAACAAAAAAUGUGACGAUCUCAAAAUAAGUAUAAGAAAAACGGAGGACAAAUAUACUAUAGUUCACGAAGCAACAGAACCUGCUAAUAUAUUUAAUAAUAUGACUGAAGUUUCUAAAAUACCAGAUACAGUUAUUAUUUCAACAGGGAUGCAGCAAAAAAAUGUAUACAAUGAUGUAGAGUUUAGACAGCCUAUCAACAUGACUUGUGUUGAAAGACUGCAACUUCUCAGUCCGGGUCUGGCGCUGGCAACAUCUACUCCAGCUAAGAUACAAGAACUGCCUGCAGAUGUACAAUCUGACUGCUCUAGUGUUUGUUCAUCUGACGCUGUGACAGUCAAACCACAGAAUAAUCAGACAUCUGACACGGAAUGUCAGAAAGAGUCAGAUGUGCCCGAUGUCAGGAUAUUCGUGAAACGAAGAAGGAAAGCGAAAAAGUGACGCUGUACUGUUAAUUUUUGUUAGUUACUUUUAGUUAAGAAGAUUAUUUUUAAGUUUUUAAUGCGUAAAGUGCAAAAUUUUGUAGUGAAUACAGAUAUGUUUCAGUGUUGUAUUUGCUAUAAACUACUAAAUACUAUAGACAACACCUAUAGUAUUUAGUAUGUGAAUGAUAGAUAUUUUGAUGUAAACCAUAUGAAAUAGCAACCAAGAUUUUUGAAAGUUUGAAAAACCCCAAAGUUUUUUAAAGUUCCAAUUUCUUUUACUAUUCUAUAGUAUCCUGGUAGGAUCCUACGGUUCCUUUUUUUCGAUGAUUUUAAAUUAUAGGAGUGGUUAAAUACAGGCUGUUUAUUAUCAUUCAAUUUAGUUAAUAAGAUUAUUUUUUGUAAUGUAUUUCGAUAAAAAUACUAUUAAUUUCUCUAAGUUUGCUCAAAGCACAUGACAAACUGUUAGAUUUGUUAAGAAUAUUUAAAGUGAAGUGUAAAGCCAUAUUUUUCUUGUGAUUGUCGCUGUGUAAUAUUAAAAAAAAAAUUGAAAUGAACAUUUCUGUCUUUGUCUAUAGCAAAAAAUCAAAGAUCUGCUGCCGUACAUAGUAAUAACAUUGUGUUAUUUACUGUGAUAGUUGUAUGAAAUGUUGAUAUUAAAGAAAACUUGUUUUAAUCCCA